AUGAAGCUUGUUGUACUAUUGAUUCUAUUUGGUGCAGCUGUGAGUGAUUUAUCAUUAGAAUGGGAUAAAUUCAAACGUGACUACAACAAAAAUUAUGCAUCAGCUGCUGAAGAAAUCGAACGUAAAGAAAUAUUUAUUGAGAAUAUUAAUCGAAUGCGUGCUUAUCAGCAUACUUAUCCCGAUGCAUCAUUCACAAUGGCAAUCAAUUAUCUAGCCGAUCGACGAAUUCAGGAACUUGUAUCAAAGCCAAAGAUUCAUAUUGAAUCUCGACCAACAAUUCGUCAAAGUUCUAUUGAAACAAAGAACUUACCUGAAUCGCUUGAUUGGCGUGAUAAAGGUGUUAUCGGACCCGUAAGUGAACUUGCUGGCGAGAUCGUGACUGCCGUUGUCAGCACUGAACUUGUCGAGAGUCUUCAUGCUAUUCAUACCAAGAACUUCAUUGAAGGCAGCAUCCAACGAGUAUUCGACUGUUGCCCACAACCAGUUGAUACUUUUGACUGUAUACAGAAUAUGAGUGGUAUUUGCCGCAAAAAUGACUAUCCAGAAGCUCUCGGAACAUGCGAACCGAACAAAUGCACACCAUUUACAACGUUCAAUAAAAUCAACAGACUUAUACCAGGUGAUGAAGGUACAAUGUUGAUUUGGAUUCAAGACUCAACACUCUGGGCUGAAAUAGAUGCUACUGGAGUGGGCUUCAUAUCAUAUACCAGUGGUAUCUAUGAUGAUCCCACAUGUUCACAAACACAAGUUGAUCAAGCGGUACAAAUUGUUGGUUACGGUAUCGAAGGUGGUAAACCCUACUGGUUGUGUAAAAAUAACUGGGGUGCGAAAUGGGGUGAUCAAGGUUACAUUCGAAUUGCACGUGGUAAGAAUAUGUGUGCCAUUGCCACUGUAGUCAUACAAGUGGCAAGUACCGAGACGACGACUACUACACAUUAUUCAAGUAGCACUACACAAUUAUCUACGAGUAGUGCUACACAACCAUCUACGGGUAGUACUACACAAUCAUCGACGGGUACAAGUAGUGCUACACAACCAUCUACGAGUAGUACUACCCAAUCAUCUAUGAGUACGAGUACUACUACACAAUCAUCUACGAGUAGGAGUAGUGCUACACAAUUAUAUACGAUUAGCUCAAUCCAUCUUAUGGUUAUAUUUGUGAUGGUGACAGUUGCUCAGACUAUUCUUAUCAAUAACUAA